UCGCGAGGUAGCUCCACACAACCCAGCUCGCUGCGCCCUGUCUGGAGCAUGCAUCACACAGUUGCGCACCGACGCCGCCACCGUAGCGUGUAGCCACGUGACGCACGCGCAUCUAGCUGCACUCUUCGGAGGCACAACAAUCUCGCGCUCCAUUUCACCGCGGCUCGCUCUCGGCAUGGCGGACGGCGAGCGCUCCCCGCUGCUAUCGGACCUUGGUGAUGGAGCAGUCAGUAGUGGCAACGGCGGCGUGUCUCCCGGCCCGGCGCAGUACGGCCAUCUGAACAAACCGCAGAGUUUUCCGCCAUUCCCGAGCCCGUCUCAGCCAUCUGUGCUGCUGGGAGAGGAUCCGCCUCCCUACUCCCCACUCACGUCACCCGAGAGUGGAAGUGCCCCGGUCAUCAGCUGCCGUGUGUGCCAGUCUCUGAUCAGUGUCGAGGGCAAGAUCCACCAGCACGUUGUCAAGUGUGGAGUCUGCAACGAGGCUACACCUAUAAAGAAUGCUCCUGCUGGGAAGAAGUAUGUGCGCUGUCCUUGUAACUGUCUGCUCAUCUGUAAGGUGACGUCCCAGCGUAUCGCCUGCCCCCGGCCAUACUGUAAGAGGAUCAUUAACUUGGGGCCUGUCCAUCCUGGUCCUGCCAGUCCUGACCCACAGCCAACCGGCGCACGGGUGGCGUGUGGUCACUGCAGCAAUACCUUCUUGUGGACAGAGUUCACCGACAGGACACUGGCACGCUGUCCCCACUGCAGAAAAGUCUCAUCGAUUGGCCAGAGGUACCCAAGGAGGCGGAGCCUGUGGUGUUUCCUCCUCUGUCUGCUCUUCAGUAUCUCUGCUGCUGGGCUGAUUGCGGGAACGUGGUCUCAGGCGCGGGUGUAUGGCGGGAUCUAUGCUGCCUGGGUCCUUCUCCUGCUGCUGGUGGUGGUGACUCUGGCCAGAGCUCUCUACUGGAGCUGCCUACGGGUCAGCGUACCCCUGCAGAACUUCACAUAGAGAGAGGGAGGGAU